CAUUUCCCAGAAUCCCCAGUUGACGCUUGAAGUCACGUGAGUAAGCAAAGUUAAGCACGUGACCUUUCUCCCGCAUGGUAGUUUGAAGGUGAAGUGUCCAGGCUCUGCUCCAAGAUGUCGUCCCUUUCGGCUGCCAGCGUGGAGACUCCUGCUGUGACUGAUGGCACGGAGGAGAAGAAGCCUCUGAAGCCAUGCUGCGCUUGUCCAGAGACCAAAAGAGUCAGAGAUGCUUGCAUCAUCGAAAAGGGAGAGGAGAACUGCAGAGACCUGAUCGAGGCGCAUAAAGAUUGCAUGAGGUCGCUUGGAUUCAAGGUCUAACUCCAUUUUGUGCUUGUCCGUGUGUGUGACGUGUGAGUGGAAGACGACCCUGGAUAUUCAUGUCUUUUUUUUUCCACCCCCUUAUUUAUACAUCCUCUGGAAGGGAAAUGUGAGACAGAAGCACUUGAACUGAUGGCUUUAUGAGUGGAUUCUUUUGUUUUUCAACUCUGUAAAAUCUGCUGUGUGAAUAUCUUAAAGGCUGUGUGGUUAUGAAUAAAAGCCCUAUGCAACAAGA